AUCGAUCAAAUAAUCACCAGAAUGGUGUUGUUUUUUGUCUAAUGUCUGGAAAGUGUUAAAAUGCUCAAUAAUAUUUAUAUUUAACCGUUAUUAAACUAGAACACUAAUGUUGACAUCACGGACUGUUGGUAAUUCAACAGCCAUGGCACCCACCAUGGACACCAUGGAUUCAAUACCCUUGAGUUUUAUCCUUUCUGAUGAUGGGGGAACUCUUCUUGCCGUGACAGAAACCGGAGAUGGUACAAUUGAGUUGAUGAGUACGCCGAUAACUUUCAUAAACGACACGAACGAAAUUUCCGUCGCUUCCAAAACGGCUAACGACAAUCCAGAAUCAAAUAUAUCACUACUGCAAUUCAAUUUGGGAGGAAUUUCGGGAUCAAGAACCCAACAAGCAACUUUGCUUCCUACAAACAUGAUCUCCUUCAUUUCAAAUGAUUCCAAUUUGAUUCCAACCAUUCCUACAAAAGAAGAUCAAUCUCCAGUCGGUUAUCAAAUAUCUCAAUACCAACCUAUCAGAGCGAAACCAGACACGUCUUCCAAAGAAUUUUCUUCGACACCUGUUAUGUCUCCAGUAUCCAAGUCUUCCAAAUCUCAGUUGAAAUCUCCGAAGAGAAGUCCUGGCAGGCCGAAGAAAAGUGAAAAGUCUCUUAGAAAGAUUGAAUUAAAAUGCGAAAUUUGUGGCGAGGACUUUAAGAAGCACAGUUUAUAUCGAAGGCAUAUGGAACAUCAUGCAGAGGAAAAGCCGCACCGGUGUCCAAAGUGUCCCGCAUCAUUUAAUGUGCCAACGAAUUUUACACUUCACAUGGCGACACACAACAUUGGCGAGCCAAAAUGUCCCGAAUGUGGAAAAAAAUUUGCGAGAAUGGCGAGUUUAAAAUCCCACAUGAUGCUGCACCAGAGAGAGGAAAAUCUUUUCUGCACCGAGUGCGAAGAUGCAUUUUCAACAAAGGCUCAACUCGACGCUCAUCUAAAACUUCACAACGAAAAAUGGACGACCGAAGAUGCCAGGAAGUGCAAGCUUUGCCACAAACAGUUUACUCAGCCGGCUUUGUACAGGCAACAUAUUCGAGAACACUACAGGUUGCAGACGAAGCUGAUGAAGCAGACGAAGAGGGGGGCCAGACACAAGACAAUGUACAAGUGCAAAAUAUGUCUCAAGUCUUUCCAAAAACCGAGCCAGCUGAUGAGACAUAUCAGAGUUCACACAGGAGAGAAACCAUUCAAGUGUACGGUUUGUAGCAGAAGAUUCACACAAAAAGGCUCACUUCAAAUUCACAUGUCGCAACACGAUGGACUCAGGCCACAUGCUUGUGACUUUUGUAGUGCGAGAUUCAGCCAAAAAGGAAACCUAAACGCCCACAUCCACAGGGUGCAUAAUCUACCGGAUGAGGGUCAGAUAUAUGCAUGCACUUAUUGCUGCUGUGCCUUCAAAAAACUAGGCAGUUUGAAUGCACAUUUGAAAAGAAGACACGCACUUCCCAUUGAGGAAGAAAAUCCAAAAUGUGAUAGUUCGACGUCAGACGCAGAUAUGCAGGCAACUGUGGAAAAUGUUAUGUCACAGCUUGCUUCUCUUGAAUCUGAGGUUAAAAAUCACGCGGAUUCAACUGAAAAGGAUACUAAUGAUAUUUUGCAACAGGCUUUGCAAAAUAGCGGAUUGCCAAGCAAAGAAAAAGAUGCUGAAGAGGCUAAAAAGUCUAAGGGACGAACAAUGAUGGUCACAUUAUUAGACCGAAAUUCAGAUGGCGAUGCCAGAAAAUAUGUGACAAUCAAACAGCGGCAUGUUGGCGACAUGUUAUGGUUUACUUGCACCUUUUGCCAGAAAGAGUUUAAAAAGCCAUCGGAUCUCAUAAGACAUUUACGAAUUCACACGCAAGAAAAACCAUUUAGGUGUUCGUACUGCAGUCGCACUUUUGCCUUAAAAUCAACAAUGGUGGGCCAUGAACGCACGCAUUCUGUCACCAAGAAAUUUCCAUGCGGAUCGUGCGAACAUGUAUUUUCAACUCGGAGUAGUCUUACAGCUCACGCCAGGUUGCAUACGAGGGCCUUUAUGUGCAGCAUUUGUAAGAAGUGUUUCAGUGGAAGUUCCUUGUUAAAAAAUCACAUCAAGUGUCACUCAAAGCCGAAAACGAAAAUAUCUCCAGAGGUGGAAAGUCUUGUUCCCCAGAUCAUUUUAAAGGAACCGUUGCUUAUCAGUGAUGCCGGGAAUAAAAUUAGCGUAGCUCAAGUAAAAUCAAAAAAGCAGCAAGUCUACGAAAGUGGAGAUACAGCGAGGCCCCACAAAUGUACGAUGUGCAGUGCUGCCUUUAGAAAAACGAGUCACUUGAAACAACACCAUCGAAGACACACUGGAGAAAAGCCUUACAAGUGUCCGAAAUGUGACAGGAGAUUCACUUCGAACAGCGUUUUGAAGUCGCAUUUGCACACUCACGAGGAUGCGAGACCGCACAGUUGUUCUGUCUGCAAUGCAAAAUUUACAACUCAUAGUAGCAUGAAGAGACACCUAAUUACACACAGCAAUAAAAGGCCUUUCAUGUGCCCCUACUGCCAUAAAACCUUCAAAACUUCUGUAAACUGUAAAAAACAUAUGAAAAUCCACAAGGCAGAAUUGGCUCUACAGCAAGUGGAAAAGCAAAAAAUGCAGUCGAAAGUUGUCAUGAUUGUGGACAAUCCGAAAGAGAUUCCAGAGUAUAAAAAGGAAGAUUCGGUACCUGAAACUUUCGCUUUAGGGGAUGAAAUUACAGUGCCAUUUCAGACUCAGCCUGUUGAUUUUACAGAUAACUUUUCUGGUCAGUAUGAGCCCAUUGCGGUGCAGGAUAAAGACAAAAUCCACAUUCCACUUUCUGUCGCGAACAAUAUCGUCCAUGAAAAUGUCCUGCAUGUUAGCAGUGUGAAUCUAGGAACUACACAAACAUUACAUGCUGAUGAAACGGGGACGAUUACUCUACCAAAUUAUGCUGGAGAACACACACUUAGUGCGGAGAGUAUCCGCGAAAUAGAAGAAACCUUAAACCAGCAGCUCUUUAAUAUUGGAAUGAAUCUCGAAUUAGGAAACCCAGUAUCAAAACAAACUGAAACAAAUUCUUCUCUCGACUCGAGAAAUCAGACCGUCCUCAAUAUUAUUUAUGAUAGUGAUAAGGCCUUAGAACCUGUUAGAAAUAACGAAAAUACUCAUAUAUUCACACCACAAUUUGAACCAUUCGGCAUGGGUCAGAUUUCCUUACAGACAAACGGAGACAUGGAUGUUGGAAUCGAAUCGGGCAAGACGACUAGCAUGGCAAAUAUUUUGCCCAGUUCUGUGCAAGAAAAGCAACAUUUGUCUAUUCCAGCGACAACUGGAUCUGUAGAAAUUACUCAGAAACCACUCAAGCAUUUAAUGGUUGUUAGUCCAAUGCAAACACGUCCCGAACUUUUGAGGCCGGUUCAAGCUUGCAAAAAGUAUUCGAAAAUUAUUGCCAAGGCUGAUACAACUAACGCGACUGAAGUUCAGAUUCUUGAAAAUGAUUCCAAAGUGGAGGAGGUGAAUGUCAGCAUAUCAUGCACAAUAUGUAACAAACUAUUCGAAAAAGAAUUGGAUUUGAUAUAUCAUGUCGAGGAACACAUCGCUUCAGCCACAAAAGUAACGCAAUCCGCUAAAAUUAAUUCAAUCGGAUCUACUGCUCUGCUGCAUAUUAAUUCACCAACGAAAACUUCUGAACCCGACCAGAAUUCAAUCGAAUCGAAUCCUUUGCUCCAGUGUCACAUGUGCAGGAAAAACGGUUUCACAGCUUCCGAAUUGAAGGAACAUUUGAGGACUCAUCAGGGCGAGAAGGAGUUUGAAUGCAUGGAAUGUUCACUGAAAUUCUGCACUAAUGGUGGAUUGAGUAGACACUUGAAAAUGCACGCCGCCAGGCAACAAUAUAGAUGUAUCAUAUGCGACAAAGUAUUACCGAAUAAAGUACAAAUGGAAGUUCACCUUCGAGGACACAAUGAAUUAUUUGCUGGUGUCGCGGAAGCCGAUAGUUCAGAAAAAGAAUCGCUUCCUGUAGAGAUCAAAUUUCAGGAGGUUUCUGAUGAUAAAAAUCCAUCGAAUACAGACGCGAAGAUAUCGGAACAAAUUUUGUUGGACUCUGCAGAAAUUAUGGAAAGACUUAAGCUUCAGAGUAUGGUGGGCAAGGAAGAAAAGAAACCAGAGAAGAAUAAAUGCAAAUUUUGCCCUAAGACCUUCCGGAAACCUAGUGAUCUCACAAGGCACAUUCGAACUCACACGGGUGAAAGGCCUUACCAGUGCCAAUUUUGCAGCAAGAGUUUCGCAGUCAAAUGCACACUCGAUUGUCACAUGCAAGUUCACAGUGGGAAGAAAACUUUCAGUUGUCACGUUUGCAACAGUUUCUUUGCGACAAAGGGAAGUUUGAAGGUGCACAUGAGGUUGCACACAGGUUCGAAACCCUUCAGAUGUCCAGUUUGUGACAUGCGAUUCCGCACCUCAGGUCAUCGAAAAGUGCACCUCUUGUCUCACGUGAGAGAGCAGAAAGAGAACAAGCCCCGGAAAACGAAGCAGAGAAAAAUCGCAGCAAUCGCAAGUGUCGUCGCGGAUGUGGAGAACGCGAUUGAGUCAGUCGCCACCGAAACCAACCGAGUUGAAGAACCUUCAGCGGAGGAAACCGAAUUCUCGAAUGUAGACACAGUUACCAUUGACGCCUCCGCUCUCACCGAUCAAAUCACCUUCAAUCCAGAUGGAACCGUUUUAAACAACAACUCUGUCCUCUCUGUUAGCGAGAGCAAUCAGCUCGUAGCCAAUUUGCAUUUUCUACUUGCCAACGGUCUCAUGACAAUCCAACCUGACGGAUUCGUGACAUUCCCGGACUCUGUUCUUCCCGGAUUAGCCAAUUUGCAAUUGGAGACAUCCCAGGGCGAUUUUCUUGCGUCCGCCGACUCGGAGAAUGUGAUCAUCACUCAGGAGCCGCAUUCCAUUGAUUUGGAACAAUCAGGGUUCUUGAACUGCACCGCAGUUUUACAAGUCGAGGACAAUGGAACGGUUUUUAAUUCCAGUAUUACUAAUCCUAAUAUGGCAAAUCCCAACGUCUUGAAUUCCAGUAUUCCGAAUUCGACUGGGUUUCGAAAUUCGAAGGGUGGACCGCCAAGGCGAGAGUGUGACAUUUGCGGCAAGGUCUUUACGAAACCUUGUCAGGUCGCAAGACACAAGAGGAUCCACACUGGCGAGCGGCCGUUUAAAUGUGAGCGUUGCGACAAAGCCUUCGCCCAGAAGAAUACUCUCAUAAUGCACCAAAAGCACCACACGGGAGAUCGGCCUCACAAUUGUCCCUUCUGCACUUACUCGUUUUCGCAGAAGGGCAAUUUGCAGACGCAUCUCAAGCGAGUUCAUAAACAGGAGUCGCUCGAGGGGAAGAAAUUGUGGAAGGGAGAGCAGCAGCCACCGAAAUUUGUGCAGGAGGGCACAGUCGAUAACAGAAUUUUGGGCCUUGACGAUAUCUCGCUUGUCGAGCUUUUGAAGUAAUUGAAAUGUUGAGAGUUUUUUGACUGAGAAAUUGAGAAUUAGGUAGUUUAGCUAGUGGUGAGAAAAUUUAACUUUUUAAAUUUAGGCUCUCCUUACAAAUGUAGAUUUAAGUAAUUAAUAUAUUGAGUGCAGCAUUCAGUCAGUGAUUCCUGUACGAUAUGCAAUUGUGAUCGACUGAACUCCCUGCAUUUCGCAAUCGUUAAACAAAUGUAUAUAAAUCGUUGAAAACGAUUAAGACGAUUGGUAAAAGUGACAGAUUAUUUUUUAAUUCAGAUGUUUAGAGAUAGCCGUGCCUGUCGGAACGGAACUUGUUUCGACUAAAACCGAUAUACUCAGAAUUAUGUGGGUGAUUCUUUAUAAUAAGGUCAAUUUUUGGUAGGAGCUAUUUUUUUUUUAAAGUAUUUUUAACAGGGCGUUCAGCGACCUUGAAAACCUGGAAUUCUCCUUUAAUUUUUGUUUAAAUCUUGAAAACCUGGAAGUUUC